AAAGAGUCAGCAGAAAGGUUGUAAAACGUCAACGAGAGAGAGAAGAGAGAGAGAGAGGCUGAGGCACCACCGCCUGUCCCCCAACUUUUUUGGAAGUACAGUAGUGGGCAGCCUCACCCUGGAGGCGCAGUGGCUCCCUACCCUCUCCAGUUGUAACUUGUACAUAGUAGCCUCGACAGACUACAUGCGUACUGCUUCCACCUGCGCACAUUAGCAUUACCCACUCACACCCAACUAAUUAAACUACAAUGCCCUCCACAACCACCACCUCCUCCACCAUUCCUCUCCUAACCCCCACCCUCCUUUUCCUCUUCCUCCUUAUCCUGCACCCCAACCCAAACCCACCAUGUCCCCACCCGCCGAACCCAAAUCCCGCACGUUCCCACCGCCCUGCUGGACCCACGACGAGUCCCACGCCCUUAUCGCCGUCUACAAGGACCGAUGGUUAACUCUCGGCCGAUCCAAUCUCAAAUCCGCCGACUGGGACUCCGUUGCGUCCUCUGUCAAUGACCGAUGCCCGCUUGUCUCGCCGCCCAAGACCGCCAUACAGUGCCGUCACAAGAUGGAGAAGCUCCGGAGGCGCUUUCGGACUGAGAAAGAACGCGCUUCCAUACACCCGGAUCCGGCUCCGUUUUUCUCUGCCUGGGAUCUGUUUCAGCCCAUGAUCGACUUGGAAUGCGACUCUCCUUUCGUUUUCGGGUCCAACCCAGAUCUGGAAAUCCGCGUCGGUGUCCAAUAUGGAGGGGGGUUUCGGGUCAGAAAUUAUGAAAGUUACAGGUACUUAGCUGAUUCUGAUCAAAAUUUGAGUGACCCAGAUGAGACAACCCCAAAAGGUGCCGGAUUCGGAGGUGGGUUUCGGGUCAAAGAUCCUGUUCGAGGUCCGAAUUCAGGAGUUUCAGCUGGUUAUGAUCGAUAUGGUAGUCGAGGAAGUGAUGGUGGUAGUGAGUUUCCUGUAAAAUCAUUGGGGGAUAGGAAUUUGGGGCCUUCAGAUUUUAGGAUCAAGGGUUAUGGUAAAAGUAACGAGAAGUUUAAUCCCAAGCUUAUCUCGAAGCGCAGUGGCAGCAAUGGAGUUGGUUCAAGGAGUGGGUUAAUCAGAAAUUUCGAGGGGGUAUGCAUUCUAAUGGUGUUGGUUUAGAAGAUUUGGGUGGGAGUUCAUCCGGGAAAGGGGCGGAUGAUCCGAUUGAAGCGAUGGCGUCUUCCAUAGAGUUUCUGGGAGAAGUGUUUGUGAAGAUGGAGAAGAGGAAGAUGGAGAUGGCGGGGGAGAUGGCGAAGAUGAGAAUGAAGAUGGAGAUGAAGCAAAAUCAGCUGAUAAUGGAGUCAGAGAAGCAGAUGGUGGAUGCUUGUGUGAAGGCAUUGUGGGAAACCAAGAGGAAGAAGAAGAUGAAGGUCGUCUCGCUUGACGAAUCGUAGAAAGGAGAUUGGAGAGCUGAGCGGAGACUUGCUUCUGAUGAUGAGAAGCUAUGGAAGAUUUCUUUUGACUUGUACGUUGAUUCACUAAUUCAAAGUUGGUAACUUGUGAGUUGGUAGAUUUGUGGAAUUAUGCGACUUUUCAGCUAAUUUGAGUGGCAUCUCUUGCAAAAGGCUUUUAUUUAAUCUUCCAACGGUGAAAAGAUUUCGUGUUUCGAUCGGAUACUGAUAGUUGAAGCACACCUGAGAUUGAGAGCCAUGUGUUUUGUGAUACUAACUAAUGUUUCAAGAAAUUUCAUUUCUUUCUCUUGUAUUAUAUGGUUGCUUUGCUUGCAAGCUGGCCAAUACCAUUUGGGUUGUUUCUGCAAUGUGUUUCCGUUCGUUUCAUAUAUAUAUAUAUAUAUAUAUGAGAAUAUUAUGGUAA